AUGUUAAAAGAGUAUAAGUUGGUUGUUGUGGGCGGCGGUGGUGUCGGUAAAUCUGCGCUCACCAUUCAGCUCAUUCAGUCUCAUUUUGUUGAUGAAUAUGAUCCUACGAUCGAAGAUUCCUACAGAAAACAGUGCACAGUCGACAAUGAACAAGUGGUGUUGGAUAUUUUAGAUACCGCCGGUCAGGAAGAAUAUCUGGCCAUGAGAGAGCAGUACAUGAGAACCGGCGAAGGUUUUUUGUUGGUGUAUGCCAUCAACUCUAGAAACUCAUUGGAAGAAUUGCAGACGUUCUAUGAGCAGAUUCAGAGGGUCAAAGAUUCCGACAAUGUGCCAGUGUUGGUUGUGGGAAAUAAGUCAGAUUUGGAGAUUGAGAGACAGGUAAGUUACGAGGAAGGUGCCGAAUUGGCAAAAGCUUUGAACUGCCCCUUUUUAGAGACGUCAGCCAAGCAGAGAAUCAAUGUUGAAGAGGCCUUUUACGGAUUGGUUAGAUCAAUUAAUGAAAAGACCACCGAAGUUCCACUCCAGGAGCAGGAGGCUCCUGCUUCCUCCGCUACCCCCGCGGCUGCGCCAGCCCUGAACGAUGCUGCUGCUGAAACCCCUAAUGGAGCAGUGGAUGGUGGCAACAACAAGACAACCCAGCCCAGCAAGCCUGCUGCCGAGAGGAAAACAGCUCAGACUCUGUCGAGCGCGCCGGCGCCAAAGGAGAAGAGCGGGUGUUGUGUGAUUGUGUAG